CUGGGCAUGGAAGGCAUAUCGGGUCGCUACAGAUAUCUGGAUUGUACAGUCUCCUUCAGUUCGCCCUCCAAUCCUUUCGGUUCAUAGCGGCUAUUUAGCGCUAGGGUUAAGUUUAUUAAACUUAUUUAAGUUAAUCCACAGAUUCAUUUAUUAGCAGACAAUGGCAGUCCCCCCAGCAUAUGCUGAUCUUGGAAAAUCCGCCAAGGACAUCUUCAACAAGGGAUAUGGCUUUGGUCUGGUGAAACUUGAUGUCAAGACAAAAUCAGCCAGUGGAGUGGAGUUCAAGACUUCAGGUUCAUCCAACACUGACACCAGCAAAGUGGUGGGCAGUCUGGAAACUAAAUACAAGAGGCCCGAGUAUGGCUUGACCUUUACGGAGAAGUGGAACACUGACAACACUCUAGGAACAGAGAUUACCGUUGAAGACCAGAUUGCAAAAGGGCUGAAGCUGACUUUUGAUACAACCUUCUCACCAAACACAGGCAAGAAGAGUGGAAAAGUCAAGACGGCCUACAAACGGGAAUAUGUCAACUUGGGCUGUGACGUUGACUUCGACUUUGCUGGUCCAACUAUCCAUGCUGCUGCUGUGGUUGGUUAUGAAGGAUGGCUUGCUGGCUACCAGAUGUCCUUUGACACAGCCAAGUCCAAGAUGACCCAGAACAACUUUGCUGUAGGUUACAAGACUGGCGACUUCCAGCUGCACACUAAUGUCAAUGAUGGCUCAGAGUUUGGUGGCUCAAUCUAUCAGAAAGUGAGUGAUAAGAUGGAGACAGCAGUGAACCUGGCCUGGGCUGCAGGCAGUAACAGCACACGCUUUGGCAUCGCUGCAAAGUACCAGCUGGACAAGGACGCCUCCAUUAGUGCCAAAGUGAACAAUACUAGCCUUGUUGGUGUUGGAUACACACAGACUCUGAGACCAGGUGUGAAGCUGACCCUGUCUGCCCUGGUUGAUGGAAAGAGCAUCAAUGCGGGUGGCCAUAAGCUGGGUUUGGGGCUGGAGCUGGAGGCCUAAAGUACUGCACACUCUUACAUCAGGGACAAGGGAAUAUCCGAGGAAUCUGGCCUUAAAUCUUAACCAGCAGGGGAAUUCUGGAUGGGAAGGGAUGUGUUCAAAGACUCCAACAAAAAAAAAAACAGCCAUUUUUAGUAACCAUUACAGUGGUGUCUUUUCCUCAUGAUGUCUGUUUUUGGUUAGUAGUAUUCCUUAAACAUGGUCACUUUUGGUUUUGUAGCACAUUUGAUCUCCUAUCUGAAUUUUCACACUCCUUUGGCAGAUUAAUGCUCUCCAGUUGCAGCGGUUGGUGUCUUAAGCCUGCAUGUUGCAUUUCCUCUACAGUAAGGCAUUGGUAGUAUUUGGGAGAAUGUGAUUUUUUUUUUUUUUUUUACCCCCCACCUGUUUCUAUUACUUGAUAUUCCUUAGUCAUCUGAACGUAAUGUGUGCAACUGUUAACUACAUUUAAAAGUUUAUAUCUGCUUAUAUUUAAAUCAUGCUCCUUUUCUUUCCGUACACACAAAGAAAUCUGCUCCAUGAUACCAUUUUCCUGUCAGCUGUCAGGAUUUGAAACACCAGUUGUACUUGAAACCUGCCCUUAAACUAAGCAGUUUUUGGGUGGUCAAAAUGGAUGAAUGAAAGCAAUUCAACCUGUUUGGGAGAGUAUGGCUGGCACUUUUGUGUUUUGUUUUUUUUUUUAGUUUUUUCAUGCAGAGUUGACUCGGUGAUGCCAAAACGGAUGUGUUGAGUUCAGUACUUAAAGCUUUCAGUGUCCUCAUCACUAACCUGACUUGCUGAGGUCGUGCUGUUGGAAAACCUUAGAGGUCCUCAUGUGUAUGUGUAAACUUUUCAAUAAAGUCUUUGAACCCCA